GCGGAUCCAUCGGGAAGGAUGAGGAGGUCCGUUUAGGCAGGAGCAGCGGUGUGAGCGCCGGAUAAUUAUUUCAAGCUGAAAUAUUGACGGAGAAGCGACGUGGACAGUGGCAUAGAGCGCACCCUCCGCAAGUUUGCCGACGACACCAAAGCAGUGCGGGGCGGCUGACACGCCGGAGGGAAGGGAUGCCAUCCCGAGGGACCUGGACAGGCUGGAGAGGUGGGCCCAUGCCGACCUCAUGAAGUUCAACAAGACCAAGUGCAGGGUCCUCCAUCUGGGUCGGGGCAAUUCCAAGCGCCGAUAUGGGCUGGGCAGCGACUGGCUUGAGAGCAGCCCUGAGGAAAAGGACUUGGGGGGGCUGGUGGACGAGAGGCUCAACGUGAGCCGUCAGCGCGCACUUGCAGCCCAGAAAGCCAAUCGUAGCCUGGGCUGCAUCGGGAGAAGCGUGGCCAGCAGGGCGAGGGAGGUGAUUCUCCCCCUCUACUCCACUCUCGUGAGACCCCACCCGGAGUCCUGCGUCCAGUUCUGGAGCCCCUACUACGAGAGAGAUAUGGACGUGCUGGAGCGUGGCCAGAGAAGGGCCAUGAGGAUGAUCCGAGGGCUGGAGCACCUCUCCUAUGGGGACAGACUGAGAGAGUUGGGGUUGUUCAGUCUGGAGAAAAGAAGGCUCCGAGGAGACCUUAUAGUGGCCUACCAGGAUCUUAAGGGGGGCUACAGGAAAGCUGGGGAGGGACUUUUUAGGAUGUCGGGUAGUGGUAGGACUAGAGGGAAUGGAUUAAAACUAGAGCUGGGUCGAUUCAGACGGGGCGUUAGGAAGUUCUUCAUCGUGAAGGUGGUGAGACACUGGAACAGGUUGCCCAGAGAGGUGGUGGAAGCCCCGUCCCUGGAGGGGUUCAAGGCCAGGCUGGAUGGGGCUCUGAGCAACCUGAUCUAGUGGGAGGUGUCUCUGCCCAUCGCAGGGGGUUGGAACUAGAUGAUCUUUAAGGUCCCUUCCAACCCUGACAAUUCUAUGAUUCUAUGUUGGCUGCGUGCGGCUCUGGGACCGCGCAAGCCCACUGGCCACACGUGGUGCGGGGGACGAGGAGGAGAUGUGGGUCCCCACCGUCCGCUCACCCCAGGCGUCCAUCAUGGGAUGCCGCAUCAGCAUGGCACGGCCCCGUGCUGGCUCUACCUGUUGCGAGGCUCACGCCGGGUUGUGGAUGUUGGAAAGGUCCUGCCAUGCAUGUCCCCAGCGCCGGUGACCCUGCCGCCACCAUCAGCUCUGUCCCACGGAGACCGAUGGGAUGAGGUGAGCCCAGAA